AUGUUUCAAGCGCGUCAUUUUGAGCUAUUUAUAGUGGGUUUCGGAAUAGACUUUGAUUUUUUUGCCUUUUGGCUGCCAACUAGAGCUGGGAAACUAUCGAUGGCACUAUCGAGGUAUCGACUUUUUACCUUUUCUGAGCCACCAUCGAUAGUUGUUUGUCACUAUCGAUGGUGCUGGGCAUUUUUGACAUCACUGAUAUUGCGAACACGAGGCUUGGUUGACGAAAAUUUUGAUAAACUUAAAUUGAACGGUGGUGGUGGCCUCAGCAUGGACAAAUACUUACGGAACCUUAAAAGAAAAGAUGACAACACAACAGAUAAAAACAGCUCUGAUGAGGAAAACGGCGGAAUUAAGAAAGCAAGAGUUGGUAAAUCCAAAGUGUGGAAUUUUUUCGUCAGAUCAAAUGAUGGUAAGACUGCAAAAUGCAUAUCCUGUGAAAAAGUGUACCGUACUAGCGGAAACACUUCCAAUUUGUUUGACCACCUUAAACGGGUACACCCAGCGUUGAAGGUUGGCGAUCUUGAGGUGUCCUCGUCGUCAAAGAUAGACUCCUUUGUGACUACAUGCUAUGAUACGCAUUCCAGACGCAAAGCCGAACUGGACAGGGUGGUCAUGCGAUACAUCACUACAGACAUGCGACCAUAUUCCGUUGUGGAAGAUACUGGAUUUCGUGAAAUGCUUAAAGCUUUUGAUCCUCGAUAUAAAUUACCAUCUCGAAAAACAUUAAAAAAUGUGAUCAUGGAAGAGCAGUAUGCAGAAAAAAGAAUUAAAUUGAUGGACAUUUUAAAGAAAAUUGACUUCUGCGGUAUUACUACAGAUAUUUGGACUUCGGUAGCAAAUGAAGCCUUUAUAACUAUCACAUGCUCCUUCGUCACAGAAGACUUUGAUCUGAAAACGGCUGUGUUGUCAACAAAUAAACUACGAUGCGAAACAAACCACACUGCUGAAAACAUUAAAGAAACAUUACAAGCAGUUUUUGAUAAGUGGGAUAUUUCUGCCAAAAUUGUAGCAAUAGUAACAGACAAUGCAAGCUCAAUGAUUAAAGCGUGUGAGUUACUUCAAAAGAGAAAUAUACCCUGCUUUGCGCAUACUGUUAAUUUAGUGGUACAAGACUGUCUCAAACUAGAUUGUUUGGUCCCUUUACUUGCGAAAUGUAAAAGCACGGUGACUUACUUUAAAUCGAGUACUAUAGCAUAUAAAAAGCUAAGAGACUACCAAGAUGGACAAACAAAAUAUAGUCUUAAACAAGAGGUUCCUACUAGAUGGAAUAGCGCAUAUUAUAUGAUUGACAGGAUUUUGAAAACGCAUGAGGCUAUCGGCAAAGUUUUUCUAAAUACGUCAAAAGCACCACAACCUUUUACUGUGGACGAAUUAGACAUACUUUUGGAUCUAACAAAAUUACUUGCUCCAUUCGAUACAGCUACUAAACAAGUAUCUUCUAAUACAGUAGUAACAAUAUCAAUAUGCAUUCCUAUUGCUUGUGGUCUUAUGCAUACGUUGGAUUCCGUAAAGUCAGAACUUAAGUCUAGUGAGGGUCUAGCAGCCUGCAAAUUUUUAAUGGAUAACAUUAUAACUAGACUUUCGAAAUAUGAAGAACGUUCGAUUACGCGAAUUGCAACAUUAAUUGACCCAAGAUUUAAAAAGCAAGGCUUCCGAUCUCCAUUCAACUCUGGACAGGCCGAAAAGCUUUUAGAGAAUGAGAUGACACUCUUAAAAAAUCUUUCACACGAUUCCGUACUCCAUGCUGUAGAGCCACCACCACCACUUCAAAACAAUCAAUCUCAAUCCUUAUUUAAAUUUGUUAAACAAAAUAUUGAAGAAUUGCCCAAGACAAAGAGGGUAGACGCAAUUGUUGAGCUUCGACAAUAUUUUAACUUGAAUCAUUUGGACGAAAAUGUAGAUCCACUCCAAUACUGGAAGCAUAAUGAUUCAAAUAUGAAGCAAUUGGUACGUAAAUUUUUAUGUGUUCCGGCAACUUCCACUGAGUCGGAGCGAAUGUUCAGCAAGGCUGGACUCAUAAUGAGCAAACGGAGGGCUUCGCUGGAGGCAAAAAACCUUGAUGCUUUAUUAUUUUUGCAGAGGAAUGCCUGGGUCAACUAAAUAUUUUCAACUGACUCUAAUUUAAUUUUUGUUUAAAUGAGUUGAACUCAGAAAAGUUCCUUCAGCCUAAUUUUGUAUUACUUUGAUCUCUUAUUUUAAGUUGUUAUUUUGUUAGUAUUAAAGCAUUUAAUAUGAAAAAUAUAAA